AUGGCAAACUCCAAAAUAGCAAAGUUACUGAGAGAGAAGACACGAUUGAAGCGACAGAAUAAAAUGAAAGAAGUCAUUGAGAUGUGCAAUGCCCUUGGAUUGGAAUUCUUUGAACUUGGAAAAUAUGAAGAAGCAUUGGAUGAGCACAAGGAAGCAUUGGAGUUGAGUGAGAUGGAGCAUGACAUGAUUUCAAAGGCCAUAUCACAUCGCUACAUUGGAUGUGUGCACAGCUCAAUGGCUGAUUAUAAAGCUGCCCUUAGAGAACACAACAUUUACCUGGAUCUUUCCAUCCAGUGCAAAAGCCAAAUAGAGCAGCAGAGAGCAUAUGUGACGAUUGGAAACACUCACCUUGAUUUUGUCUAUCUCCACAAAGGAACCAAGAAAGGUCAGAUUGCCCUGAAGAAGGCCGAAGAAUCAUUCAUCCUGGCACUGAAGUUGUGUGAGGGACUGAGAGUUAACCUGGCAAAAGUUGAUUACGUUGAAAUGAAGUGUCGCUGUCUUCUUAAUUUAGGAAUUGUGUACGACACAGAUGAUAAUGAACCACUCGGUGUUGACUAUUACAACCAGGCCAUCAAAUUUGCAGAGGAACAUGCACUGUAUGAUGAGCUGUACAUUGGCCUAACAAACAUCAUGGAGUUUUAUAAAAAACUUCGAAAAUUUGACCUUGCUCUUGUGAAGGCCAACAGACUGGUUGCUUGUUCGAGGAAGUUGAGAGAGAAGAAAAUUAAGGAGAGAGACUCCAUGGUUAUGAAAGCUAAGGUCCUUCUAUGCAUGUCAAACUUUGUGGCGGCCAAGCAAGCGCUCAUUAAAGCCUACAAGAUGAAGUUUCUAUUUGAAGGCGAGGAUGAUCUUGACCACAUGCACAUAGAAAAGUUACUCAAGAAAGUUGUGAGAAUCUGCAACAUCGUUGAGGAUGUAAAGUUGAUGGGCAAGCAUGACCCUUGCAUGCUCUACAAACUUUACGAGAAGUUGGGAGACGAGGCAGCCAAUGUUGGGAGUUGUGAUUUCGCACUGGAAAGUUACAAGAACAUGGAGACGUGUGCUAAAGCUUUGAAGAUGAAAGGGGCUGAACUGAUAGAUGUCUGCAACUCUCUCUGGUUCACCUACAAAGAUCUUGAUGUUCACUGCAUAUGUCUGCAGUACCUCGAGAAAGAGAUCUGUUACACCUCCAAGGAUGAUAAUUCCAGGUUGAGCGUACUCUACCUAUCGAAAGCGACCAUUCUGGGGCGAGCCAAUCAGGAGCACGACCUGAUAAGAGAGGCGUAUGACCUGGCCUACCACCACGCUGAACAAGCAACCAAUGAUGAAGACGAUGUCGUUAAGAUAAAGAUACUAAGAUACAUGCUUUCCUGGCAAAAGAAGGAGAAGAAGGAAGAAGAUGCUUCCAACACGAGAAAAAUUUUGCAGCAACUGAAGACGAGAAGAAACAACAACAACAAUAAUAAUAAUAAUAAUAAAAGACCUGAUGAUAGUGAUGUCCAAAAUGAUGAUGAAAGUGAUGACGAUGAUGUUGUUCCCUAUAUGUUUGAAGAUUUUGAUGUUGGUGAUGAUGAAGAAGAUGAAGAUGAAAGUGAUGAUGUCGAUCUUGACAGAGAAGUAGACAUGUGCAGUGAUAAUGAUGAAGAUGACAAUAGCAGGGGAAGGUCAAGGAAGAAAGAUCUGCUAAGCAAGGUGACAAAGUAUGGUGAGUCAUUGUUGCAAGCUGCUUGCAUAUCUGGAGAUCUCUUAAAAGUGAAGUCGUACAUCAAACAAGGCCUACCUGUCAAUCAACGAGACAACGGUGGGUGGCUGCCGCUGCACGACGCUGCCAUCAACGGGCAUGUUGAGAUUGUUGAGGUCCUCCUGCAGAAUGCUGCCUGGGUCAACGACAGGGGAGGUAGUGGGUGUGAGGGCUUCACACCUCUGCACAGCGCCUGCCUCAAUGGUCACGUCGAUGUCAUCGAGUUGCUCUGUAGGCAGGGCAAGGCCGAUCUGCUCUGCAAAAAUGAUAAGGGCCAGUUGGCACUCGACAUAUUCAAAGAGUUUUGUGAGAGUGAGUAUGCAACAGAUGAGCAUCACGAGUAUUACAAAAAGUUUAACCAGCGAACCCAGGAGCAAAGAGAAAAGAUUCUUAAACCGUUCAACGAUCAGAGACAGAAAUUUCUUCAGAAAAAUCAAAAUUCAUUUAUGAGGCAGCAGCAACAACAGCGUCAACAACAAAAACCGCAACAACAACAAAAACCGCCACAACAGCAGCAACCAAACAGACAGCAGCAACCAACAAAUGUCUCCAAAAUAAUGAGACCAGCAACCGACAGCAGACUCCAGAGUAGACACCCGGACAAACAACUGAGAGACAAUAACGUCAUCGAGGAUGUGACAUCAUCGUCGUCAGAUGAUGAGGAUGAAGAUGAGGAUGGUGCUACUAAAAGGAAACCAAAAAAAUCUAAACCCCAAAAAUCCGGUGGUCGUGAUAACGACAGCUGCAAUCUUAAUGAUAAUGACGAUGCUUCAGAUGAGCGAUUAUACGAUCCAAAGGUUGCAGUGAAGGCGUACCGGCAAGCCAUUAGUAACAUUAAGAAGCCAGCUGCACUUCUCUCACAAACUCAGUCGACCAAUCAAAGCAAACCUAAGUUGCCAGCUGUUGUCGAUAAAUCUGAGUUUGUCGAUGAUGAUUGGCUGGUCGAUGAUGUCAAUCAAAAAGAAGACCUUGUUCCUCCAUCAUCAGCAGUCAAUAAAAGUUCCUCCAAAAAACUCCACUCCAUCUCAAAACCCGCCAUCGUCAGGAAACGCAAAUCAUCUUCAUUCUCAUCAUCCUCACCAUCUCACUUAAUUCCAUUACCACCACCACCAUCAUCAUCAUCGUACAGUAGAAAUAAUCGCGAUGAUGUUAGUGAUGGCGAUGAGUGUAAGAGCAAAGAUGACGAUGAUCAUAGCGGGAGAAAAAAUGUUAGAAAAAAAUUGAAAGGCAAUUCAACAAGCAUUAAAGGUAAAGACUGCAACAACAACAGCAACAACAACAACAUUAAUAGUGUUGACAACAUUAAUGCCUCCAAUAACCAUGUACAUAACAUCAAUAACCACGUAGUAAAUGAUCUCCAUAACAACAUCAACACUGACGAUAAUACAAAUGAUUUCAAGCACAUCAACAAAGAUGAUACUUUAAAUAAUAGCAAAUACAGCAGCAGUAAUCGUAAUUACAACAACAAAAACAAUUUUGAUACUGGAAACAACAGCAACAAUAACAAGAGUAGCAGUAGCAUUAUUUCUCAAAUAUGGGUGAAGGUGAAAAUAGAGGAUCGAAUUGUCAUGGUCCCCAUUGCCAGUGGCAGCAACCACACCUUCAUGUGGCUGGCAGAGGAAGCUUCAAUAAGACACUACAACAAUUUUUGCUGCAAGCCCAGGCUGCAACUGUGGACCGCUGACGGCAUUCUCUUGUCCCUUCAGGAUAAUGUCGCUGGAAUGCUGUGCAACAAUCAGCAGAUUUUUGGUGAAGUAGUAGGUUGGCAUGACAUUUCUGUGGAGUGUCGUUAUGAGGAUGCUUGCAAAGCCUUGCAAACGAAGUCUUACUCAAACAUCAAGUCACAAUUGGUCGAAUGCGACCAAUCAAAUAUCCUCAAUCUCGUCAACCGUAGCAUCCAGUUCACACAGCUCCAGCCAAUCGUACGAGUUCUUCAGUCACUUGAUAAUCUCACUCAUUUGUUUAUACAGGGUAACAAAAUAAAAAACGAAGGAUUUCGUAGCUUGGCAGUUGUUUUGAAGUACGUUCCCUAUUUGAGUUCUUUGGAUGUAUCCAACAAUCAGCUGACUUACGAAUCUCUCAUCUCAUUGGCUAAUUGUGUCAGUUCAACAACCAAUAAGAAACCACUUCAGUGCUUACAGAUGUUGUCUCUGGGCAACAACCCAUUGACCGAUGCAUCGUCACAGCACUUGAAGAUCUGUCUCAGCAACCUGCCUAUGUUGUCGCAACUCCACAUCAACUGCUGCUCGCUGACAAACAAAUUCUUCAACUUUUCUCAUUCUAUAUUCAAUGAUUCCUCGUUGGAGCUGCUUGACAUCUCGGAAAACAACCUUUCACAAAUUCAAUCAUCGCGCCUCAUUCAAUUUUUUGACUUCGGAAGAUUGGAGUCUCUUUUCUUGCCAGAAGUGAAUUUAGACUUUGUGGAGUGUUUGAAGAAGCAUUUGCUCGAGUCGCAAGUGAACUUCGAUGAUUUAAAAAUUCGCAUUGUAGUGUGGACGCUAGACGAGACAAAGAAUGGUAUCUAG